UCUCCAUUGCAUUAAUUGCAAUUUAUUUCCUAAUUUCUUUUAAAAGGAAAAAAAAAAAAGGAAAAACAACUCUCAUUUGCAUAGAGAGAGAGAGAGAUAGGGUUAAACAGACAAACCAAUGAAAACACUUCUCUAAUCUUUUUCUGUUUCUUUUGCUGCCCACAAUUUAUGUUCAAGGACUGAAAGACCACCACCAACAACAAAAACCCAUUUUUUUAGUGACAGUUUCAAGGAAAAAAUAUACUUUUUUUUUAGGUUUGGAGAGGUUGUAACGAGGAAAGAUUCAAUUCCUUUUGGGGUUUUGAGAAUGAACCCCUUUUACUUUGUUGUUCAAAGAUCAGUAUAUAUGGUCUCGACUUUGAUCUUUUUCUUUCUUUUGAGCUCAGUUUCACCUUCAUAUGGAUAUGAUCCUUUGGAUCCUUAUGGCAACAUAACUAUUAAAUGGGAUCUUUUGCAAUCCAGUCCUGAUAGAAAUGAUGUGAAGGUAUCAAUACUUAAUUUCCAGCUAUAUCGCCAUAUAGAGCGGCCUGGCUGGAGACUGGGUUGGGAUUGGACAGGUGAUGAGGCAAUUUGGAGCAUGCAGGGAGCUGAGGCCACAGAGCAAGGAAACUGCUCUAGAUUCAGGGGAGGACAACUUCCUCAUUGUUGUGAGAAGAAGCCAUUGAUUGUUGACCUUUUACCUGGAGCCCCAUAUAACAUGCAAACAACUAAUUGUUGCAAAGGAGGCGUCCUAUCAUCCAUGAUACAAGACCCCACUAAGUAUGCUGCUGCUUUUCAGAUGAAUAUUGGAGCUGCCAACAAUUCAGACUUCACAAUGCCAGAAAAUUUCACUCUUGGGAUUCCAGGCUAUUCCUGUGCGAAACCAGUUCAGGUUGCUCCAAGUAGGUAUAGUUCAGAUGGAGGCCGUCGUUGGACACAAGCUCUUGGGACAUGGAAUGUGACAUGUAUCUACUCCCAAUUUCUGGCAUCAACUUCUCCAAAGUGCUGUGUAUCCUUCUCUGCAUUCUAUAAUAGCUCAAUUGUUCCUUGUCCCAAGUGCAGCUGCAGCUGCCAAGGAUUACCUGGAGCAACAUGUGUAAAGUUUGGUGAAACACCAUCGUUAUUGCAACAAAUAAAAGAUCCAAAUCAGGAGCCACCAUCUUUAGUAAGGUGUACGCAGCAUAUGUGUCCAAUACGGGUCCAUUGGCAUGUGAAACAAAGUUACAAAGAAUAUUGGCGGGUGAAGAUAACCGUGAAUAAUCUGAAUACCAUGAAGAAUUAUAGUCAGUGGAACUUGGUCGCAUUACACCCUAACUUAAAAAGCUUGACACAAGUUUUCAGCUUCAACUAUGAGCCACUUUACCAAUAUGGCUAUAUCAAUGAUACAGGGAUGUUUUGGGGGAUUCAGUACUACAAUGACAUGCUGCUACAGGAAGGUGAAAGUGGAAAUGUACAAACUGAAUUGUUGCUGCGCAAAGAUCAAGGGACAUUCACUUUCAGAGAAGGAUGGGGUUUCCCAAGAAGAAUUAUGUUUAAUGGUGAUGAAUGCGUCAUGCCCCCUCCUGAUCAGUACCCAAGGCUGCCUAACACUGGACAUGGUGCCAAAUUUAGCCUUUCUGUAAUAUUUUUCUCCUUAUUGCUGCUAAUAAUUAUGUGCUGAAAAGUGAAAAUCUAUUGUAGAAAAUCAUUUUCCUUGUCCUGUUGAGAGUUGUUAUAAACUAAAAGCCAAAAUAAUUAGAAAUCGUCCUACUCGGAUUAAAUCUCUCUUUUUUUUCUUAUUACUUGCCGUGGUCAAAGUUUGAGUCCUAGUUACCCGAGUCAGAAUUCUUUGCUUUUCACUCAUCUAUGUGAAUGCCUAAAAGAUUGUGAUAUCUUUUGCCAAUAAAUAGAUAACUAACAUCCUUCUCUGGGAUUCUUACUCUUAAGGUUGAAAUUUUUUAAUAAUAUCAAAACAUUUAGCGCAAUCUGCUAAUGUUUUGUUUCCCUCCACGACAAUAUAUGGAACAGCAAUCGAUUCCCAGCCAUAGCACUCGCAAAA